CUGUAGGGAGCACUCUCUGGAUUACACUCAUCCAUCACAGUCGGAGCACAGUUUAUCUACAAAAGCCAGAGAGACCAAAGCAGCAUGGGGAGCAGCAUUUCAUGUGUCCCCCAGCACAACUUCCGUUUCUCCAGCAAGAGUUUCAUACGCAGAAACAGCAGUCGCCUGUUUCGCAAGAAAAACCCCCAAGAGGGACAGGAGAAGUCCAACAGCAUCAUCAAUAUUCUGUGCACAGUCACCCCCAGGAAGGAAAUGUCCCCUAAAGAUCUGCAGACGAUAGAAAACAUCAAAUGGAAUCCUCCGUUUCCUUAUGACCCCGCCAACGGCUGGAAGAAAAGCAGCAUCAAUGUGAAGAAUUACGGCCGGAUGAUUCACAGCUCCAAAGUCCGUUUCCGCUUCCUCCACUGCCAGGAUAUACACGAUUGCUACCUGGAUCUCUUCCAAACACACCUUCAUUUUCUCUCCAACAACACAACCGGACUGACUUACCAGGGAACUCUUCCUCUGAAAGAACUCACCAUCUGCAACCUGCAGCAGAAUUGUAAUCACAGCCAACCGCAGGAGUUCGCCUUCCAAAUAAACGGUGUCAGCCUCAAUCCCAUCAUUGUCUACUGUGCGAACCAAAAAGAAAUGGACCUAUGGUUUGGCCUGCUGAAAGAAAACAUUGAGGCUAAUGGAGGCACCGCAAUCGCACCGGAAAACUUCACCAGAAUGAGAGGCAAGACGAGUGAAGGAAGAGAGGACCUGAGAAACUCCAUCAACAGGGAGCCCAUCUAUGAGUGGGAGGGCUCUCAGCGGGACAGUUUGGGCCCCAUCGCCUAUGUCACCAAAGUGCGACUGCAGCACCUGCCCUGCCAGGAACAGAAUGGCAGACUGCUGGUCAUGUAUCCAUCGACCCUCAUCAUCCUAUCAGAAGAGAGUGAUGGGCUCUUCUACAAGGGUAAACUUCCCCUCAACAUGAUAACAGUGACAACGCCCUGUCAAGAUGUAAAGCCCAACGCGUUUAUGAUUGAAGGCAAACUGAUCAACCCCAUAGUGGUGUCCUGUCAGGAUAGGGCCGAGUUCUGUGACUGGAUCCAGCAUUUUAAAGCCGCUGAUGUGCCCGUCCUCAGCCCGCCGCCCCCAGUGUAUGACAUCAUCUACACCCCAACCAACAAAGAGGCUCCAAAGUUUGACAGAUGGAGUGGACACAGCCAUGGAAGAGCAGAGUCUUUAAAGUUCAGUCAGUCAUCAAGUGGACAUGGGUCCCAAAACCUUCAUUUACCCAUUCACGAUGAAAACCCACUGUCUCCUGGAUACUCUGAACCUCUCCGUGUAAGUCAGUACAGUUCCAGUCGCCCCUCCUCGGCUGAGACGGCACGGUUGGGCAGCAGAACCAAUAGCGUGUCUUCCCACACAAGGCCAGAGCGUGACCUACGACCUUUGUCACUACGCUACUCCUCCCCCCAGCACAACUCGUAUCCCCAGCCUGCAGAGAGCUCGGUGGUGUCUCAGGUCUACAGCACGCCCUACUCUGCCCUCCACCGGGCCAGUCCACAGCGACUGGAGAAAGCCCCGCUCGUCAAGUCUAACAGCUGGAGCACGUCACAGGGGUCCAUGAACUACUCCUUCAACACCCCACAGCGCCACUCAGACAUGUGUGCCCCCCGGCAACCCUUGUCGCCUCUGUAUGACGAACCGUGCAGCCCAGAAAUCUAUUCCCUGGAGGAGGCCGGGUCAGUGCAACAAAGCUGGCAUGAGCCAAUUCAGCACCAACAGUAUCAUCAGGACUCCCAGCUCCUCCCCUCGUCCUUCCAGCUCCGCACCCCUCCCAUGGGCAAACGCUUCCGGAGAAGUCUCGUCCUGACCAACUCCCAGGGACAGGCUCUGGGCCUGGAGAUGGAAACUCCACAGAGCAGGGCCGAGCAGAGAGCAGAGGCUGUGUCGAGGCUAAAGCUGCUGCCUGUGCCCGGCCAAGUGCAAGAGCAGAAACUCCUCCCGCUGAGCUCUGCGAGGAAUAACUCUCAGAUGUCUUAUGGUUACUCACCAGAUCGCCAUUCGUACCUUGAACCCACAGAACCAGAUGACCAGGAAGUAGACUAUGACAACAUUUGGGAGUAUGACAGCGAGACUGGAAUGAUUCAGCCAGUGUCUGGAAUUUCGACACACUGGACAGGAUUAGGCUUUGGGGCCCAAGGCCUUGGUCCCAUGGUAACCCAGCAGAGAUGGUCAUAAAACCAAACAAAAGCCCGGCACUCGUCUCGACGUGUGCAAACAACAGAUUGCUAUCAGAGAGAUAAUAAAGACCAACAACCACUGCCGGAGUUGCUCCUAAUGUGUACAGUAUGAAGCAACAAACCCCAGGGAGUGCUUUGUCAGAUGUUAGCUGGUCGCACAGAGGAACGAGGAGUGUGUGUAUGAAAGGAAAUGGCAAGAAACAACACAGUAUGACAGAGACAAACACACUCUUCAGCUGUUUAUUUGACAUGUAGCAUUAAAGUCAGAAGCGGAUAUGUGUAAUAUACAGAACUUGCAGCUUUAGCUGUAAUUUUUUUUUUAAUGUAAAAUAUAGUGGUUCAAUGAUCAAGAGCUUGAACAGCCUGUCCAUUGUACUUGUACAUUUCAUCUUGAUUCUAUUUAAGCUCUAAAAAGCAUUCCACUUGGUCUUGUUAUAGUAACAUUUUUUCUUUGUGUACAUCUGUUAUUUUAUUAUGUUGUACUGUUUUUAGCAAAUAGGCGGCUGUAAAGGUGCUAAUAUUAGAAUUACUACUGCUGAGUACUGAUAACUGUGUGACUUUUUUGUUUUUGUUUGAAGUGUAUAUUUAUAUUUUGAAAUAAAAAAACUGUAAACUUGUA